GUCAACUGAGAAACGUCAAAUAGUUUUCAUGAUUUCAUCUCUUUUUUCUCUGCAAUAAUCAUAAUUUCUAAAGUUUUGUAGUUCUAAAUUGGUGUAAUAAUGCUAAAAAUUCGGAGACUAGUAUCAUAUUAGUAAUAAUUAAAAUUAAUGAACAGUCGGUCCAAGAUGUCGAACGACAUAGCUGAAAGUGCAAAAGUGGAGGACGCGGCAGAGUGCAACGGCCCGUCCCCAGACCAAACGCGACGAUUACUUGAAGAAGAAUUUAAUGUGCAACGAGCGAAAAUGAAAGAGUUGUUCUUACAAAAAGAAGAGGACAUGAGGAAGAUGCUGCAGGACAAGGAGCAGCUGGAGUCAGAGGUGCUGGGGCUCCGGGCGGAGCUUCAGCAGCUGCAGACACUCAGUGAAAACCAGAAGUCAGAGAUACAGAGCUUGCAAAUGCUUGUUAGUGAGACCGUGGAGGCCUCGUCUUCAGGCACAGAAGAAGUUAGAAGAUUGCGAGUCAGGAACCUCGAGCUGGAACAACAUCUGAAUCAAAUGAGACAACAACAACAGGAGGUGUCGCUGGCGCCGGCCACCUUCGUGCGUUCGCUCGCCAGGAAGCUGGGCGCUGACGCAGAGGAACAACAGCCUAGGAAAGAAGAGGAACUCCUCCGGUCCAUCAUCCAGCCGCUGGAGAUGGAGAUCUCAGCUCUGAAGACUAAGUUACGUGACACUGACGCGCAGCUACAGGAUGCUAUGGCGAAAGCGAAAGCAACAGCCUCAGCAGCUCCCAGUGGCGAUGCCAACAAAGACGCAGAAUCGAGUAGACAAUGUGACAUGUGUGUGAACUACGAGAAGCAGCUCGUGCUGGAGCAGGCCAAGGCAGAGCAGGCGCGGGACCGCGCCAACAUGAAGGAACUCGCGCUCAAACAGGCGACGGACGAGCUGGAAGGCGUCCGGUCCCUACACGACGAGACAGUUCGGUCGUGGCAGUCGGAGCGGGCGGCCAGCGCGGCCGAGCUGGACGCGCUGCAGGCCGCCGUGCGCGCCGCCGCCGACGACCUGCACACACACGCGCGCCGCGCCGAGGAGGCCGAGCAGAGAGCUCUGCAGCUUGUCACCGAGCUCACCGUCGACAGAGAGACGCUGCAGAAGAAACUUGACAGUUUAGAAAGAGACAACGCGAUGCUGAUUGGUCAGUACACGAAGAAAGCAGCUGAAAUGCAGAACGAAAUCAUAGACUUACCCGACAAUGUAGAGGAGUUACAAAUGCACACACUGCGUCUCCGCGAGCAGUUGAUAUUCUGCCAGCUGGGCAGGGAGGAGGCGGCCGCCGCCGAGCGAGACCUGCGGGCUCAGCUACUGGAACAUGGAGACCUGUUCCGGAGACAGGAGGCUGAGCUCGCCACACUGAGAUCACAGCUCAAGGAGGCACUUGACGAGGUAGACCGACUACAAACAGAGCAAGCCCAGAUGAAGGAGCUGGGCGACAAGCUGCGCCAGUCGAGCGAGCUGGCGGAGCAGUUGCUGGACGACAAGCGCAGGCUGCAGGCCGAGCUGCACGACCUGCGCGGCCGCGUCACCGUGCUGCAGCAGGAACUUGACAACAGUGAGAAGGUGCAACAGGACUUUGUCAGGCUCUCACAGUCGCUACAGGUACAACUACAACGGAUCCGCGAGGCGGACACAGAGGUGCGAUGGCAGCACGAGGACGAUGUACACGACUGUCCUACCUGCCACACACAUCUACCCAAUAAUAAGAAGAAGAUGCACUGCCGCCACUGCGGGCGCAUAUUCUGUGCGUCGUGCGUGUGCCACUCGGUGCCGGCGGGCCCGCGCGGCGCCCCGGCGCGCGUCUGCUCCGUCUGUCGCACGCUGCUGCAGCCGCACGCCGCGCCCUACUUCAGCACCGACCCGCCGCGCUCGCCCGACUAGGCCCGCGCUCUCACGACCGACCUCUACUCCACGCCUCACUCGGACCCAGCAGGUUGGACUAUAUCUCCGCCCCGUCCGUCUUGAAGCACAUCAAAUAUGAAAGAGAUAUCGUCCAAAAAGUUGCGUGCCCUGUACUAAAUACCUAGUGUUUCAAGUGUCACCUCAUCGCGACUAAGUAGAACAAGUGUAGCUAGACGGUAGUUAUUAAGAUAUAUCGUUGGGGACGCCCGGUUGGUAGGAUUGAGGUUAAGAAGUCAACAGCCAGAUAGGAUACGAUGCGUUCAUUAUAAAAGACAAAUGUUACAUAGGAAUAUGUAUCGGUUAUUAUUAUGUUCAUCGAUGCGUAAUAAAGGUUUCAUUAUACAAGUGAUUUACGAGUGGUUACACGCAGCGGUAGCGCACUGAGUACGUGGCUAACACGCCCUAGCGACGGAACAAGGACGUCACAACAAUAUCUGCUAUGCGCAUGACGACAUAUGCUACGCAUCCGCGCGUCCUCACUACGCAGCCGGGGCGUAUUCGUUGCGCACUCGCUCCACUAGUAUAAAACCCAAGGGUUUAGAUCUUAAACAGAUGGUGCCUGGUAUAUAUCGGCAUUAGUCUAAUCGUACGUAAUGAAUUAGAAAUCACGAGAUAUGCGAGGCACUGUUUCUUUUCUCAUUCGACAUGGUAUGACAGUUUGCUUCAUAGGGCGCAGUGGUUGUCGGGCAGGCUGUUGACACUCGGGUAGGAGUGCGACCGACAAGUGAUAAUGUGUGCCGUGUGGCGCUCGAUACUAAGUUAUGACAUCUAGCGAUAGUUUAGGCUAAGAGUUGUAAUAUAAAAAUAUUUUAUUGUAAAUAAAAGAGCUCCAUAUUGA